AUGCCUCCUAUCAUAACCUUUUACUUUUCAAUUUUAAGAAAUCCGUUUGACAAUGGAGCUCAUACGUAUUGUGGGUCACCGACACCGCGGAUAAAAUGGCAUGUUCCAAAUAUAACUUUCGAGGAGUCUAUAACGAGUUCGCUUGAUGUAAUCGAGAACAAAUUGACAGUGAGGUCACUUCGUCGGGAAUCGUUAGGAACAAAUUUUACUUGCGAGGCGUCAAAUACUGACCUCGUUCCAUCAAAAAGAAAAUCUGUGAAAUUAGAUUUAAUUUUGAAACCUUUGACGAUAAAAGUAAGCAGACCCGGCUCUGCAAAUAAAAAUGAAUCUCUACAAGCCAACCAUCGGUACGACUUGGAAUGUGAGACAACUGGUUCAAAUCCGCCUGCGGUAAUAACGUGGUACAAAGGAAAACAUCCGCUCAAGCACGUCAGCGAAGAAAGAAGUCAAAAUCUAACGAUCAGCAGGGUUGAGUUCGUCCCUAAUGUAGAAGAUAAUCGUAAAGCGGUGACUUGCAGAGCGGAAAACCCAAAUGUUAAGGAUCCACCUCUGGUGUCAUUAAGCCUCGGAUCAACACUGAAUGCCGGUGAUAUCAAGGAGGGUGAUGAUGUAUACUUCGAGUGUCACAUUAAUUCAAAUCCAUCUAUCUCAAAACUUAUCUGGAUUCACAAU